GGUAAUCUGUCAACCCAUCUGCUGUCAUAGCCACCCAACCACUCUCCACCAAUAUGUCACUUCUUAGAAAAACUCUGUAAACCACCACAAGAGAGGAUCAUGCUGCUGUCUCCCCAGGCAGAGAGGAACUGGGAGGGUAUCUGUGAGGUGCUUGAAGACGUGCUGGACGGUCAGUCUCACAAGCAGUUAUUUGCUCUAGAGAUCGGCUCCGGAACAGGACAGCAUGUCAUACGGUUUGCACUGAAGCUGCCUUUCGUUACCUGGCAGCCAUCGGACAUCAAAGAGGAGUGCCGAGACAGCAUAAAGGCAUAUAUAGCUGCAACCCAUGUGAAAACUGUGCUGCAGCCAGUCCUGCUGGAUGCAAGUGAGCCCUGGGACAAAUGGGCGGGUGUUUCUUGUAACUCCUGUGAUGUUAUUAUCGCCGUUAACCUACUGCAGUACAGCUCCUUCAAAACAGCACAGGGUGUAAUCAGUGGAGCAGGACAGAUCCUCAAACCAAAUGGCCUUUUGAUAACAUAUGGGGUCUAUGCCGUUAAUGGCAUCAUUACACCAAGCUGUAAUGAAGUUCUGGAUGAAGAACUGAGGAAAUUGAAUCCAGAGUGGGGUCUUCCAGACCUGGAUGUCCUCAGACAGCAGGCUUACGGAAACGGGUUGCGUUUGGAGAGAAUGGUUGAGAUGGAAGACUACUACAAAUGCCUCAUCUUUAGGAAACUCUGAAGAUUAUCCCUGAAGGCAGACAUUAUUUAACAAAUCCACCCGACAGAGGAGCACUAAAAGAUCACAACCAUACACUUCAGCAAAUUUUGGAUGGAAUAUUAUUGUGGAAAUGGUUACUUACAUAUAAUGUUAGAAAUCUGAGAACAUUUUAUACAGUUUAGUUUGUUUGGAUGUACGUAAUCUACCAACAUGUAAUUUCCUCCUUCAGGUCUCCGCUUCUGUUUUGUUUGCCACACCUUUAUUUUAUUUUUUUUGUGUUUUUUCCUUUGUUCAUUCUAAAUAUUGUAAAUAACUGAAAAAAAGUUUUUUGUAUUGUCACAGGUAUUUAUAAAAUAUUAAAUGCACUCUUCACAUCUCA